AUGGCUUCCCUCGCAAAUGCAAUCUCGGACGGUUUCAGGGGCCGCCGGUCCAUCUAUUCUCUGACAAAUGAAUCCACUAUUUCCGACGAGCGUCUCGAAGAGCUGAUCGCCGAGGUGGUCCAGCACACUCCGAGUUCGUUUAAUAGUCAAACAACUCGUAUUGUUGUGUUGCUCAAGGAGGAGAAUCGGAAACUAUGGGAGAUUGCUCGUGAAGUUGCCAGCUCCAGCAUCCCACCGGAGCUAUAUGAGAAGCUUUUUAAGAAUCGCAUUGGCAUGUCUGGUGCCGCAUAUGGCUCGGUACUUUUCUACGAGGAUCCGGCACCGACUAAGGCCUUGUCGGAAAAGUUCUCAAUAUUGAAAGACCAGUUCCCGGAAUGGGCAAGUCAUUCCACAGGAAUGCACCAAUUUGCUACUUGGACACUCCUCGAGGCGGAAGGCCUUGGGUGCAAUCUACAGCAUUAUAAUGAGAUAUUGCAAGAGCGCGCUUCUCAGCAGUGGAGCAUCCCACAGGAAUGGCGCUUGACGGCCCAGCUGGUCUUUGGGAAGCCAGCCGGUCCACCACGGGACAAGACGUUUGAGCCGCUCGAUCAAAGACUGUUCGUUUAUGGAAAGUCGACUUAG